AACAAAGUUCACGUGGAGUGAAUUUUCAACCAAUUUUAAUUAAAAUUUAAUUAUUUUUCAAAAAUGAUGGGGCAAUUUGACGACGCUGAAGAGCCUCUCGUGCAAAAACCCGUCGAAGAAAUCCUUCCUGAGUUACAAAAAGUCACAAUUAACGACUCCCUGUUCGACGAUUUGCGUGCCUCGUUCAAAACGAAGUACGACAAAGACGAUAAUCUCGAGGAGCUUGACUACGACAACGAAGACGAGGCUUAUUCCGACGAGGAUUUGUACGAAUAUGGCGAUGACGGGAAGAAAAAUGCCCCAAACUUGAACAUUAAUGGUCGUCACACGAACACGCAACAAUCCACAAAUAAAGUUUCCAGCUAUCAACCUUCGGAGAAGCUCUUUAAACGUUUCACGAACAAAAUUAACGUCGAAAAAUACGAACCAUCAUUACCAAAAAUGGCUGUGAACGCAUUGAUGGAAAAAGAUCGUCGUUUCGACGCGGAUCGACUUCGAAGCAAGGAUAAACAAGAUCGCGCAACAGCUGAACAAGUCAUGGAUCCGCGCACGAGAAUGAUUUUGUUCAAAUUAUUAAAUCGCGGAAUGAUUUCGGAAAUUAACGGAUGCAUUUCAACCGGCAAAGAAGCGAAUGUGUAUCACGCAACGUCAAAAACUGGCGAAGAUUUUGCGAUAAAAAUUUACAAAACCUCAAUUUUGGUUUUUAAAGAUCGGGACAAGUACGUUUCAGGCGAAUAUCGUUUCCGGCAUGGAUAUUGUCGACAUAAUCCGCGUAAAAUGGUUCGAACGUGGGCUGAAAAGGAAAUGCGAAAUCUCGUUCGAAUGCAAAAUUCGGAAAUGCCUGUGCCGCAUCCCAUUUUGCUGCGAGGUCAUGUCCUGCUGAUGACUUUUAUCGGAGAAAAUGGAUGGCCCGCACCGAAAUUGAAGGAUGUUGAACUUUCAUCUUCAAAGGCGCGCGAACUUUAUCGCGAUUGUGUCGUCAUGAUAUGGACCAUGUACAAAAAAUGUCGUCUCGUGCAUGCAGAUUUGUCGGAAUUUAACAUUUUAUAUCACAAAGGAAAGCUGGUCAUCAUCGACGUAUCCCAAUCCGUGGAACAUGACCAUCCGCAUGCUUUGGAGUUUUUGCGGAAAGAUUGCACAAAUGUCAGUCACUUUUUCAGAAAAUACGAAGUUUCGACGAUGACGGUGAAGGAAUUGUUCGAUUUUGUCACAGAUCCGACGAUAACAGACGAAAAUAUGGAAGAACGGUUGCUUGCGAUUUCAGAAAAAAUUUCGGAAAGGAAUUUGGAUGAAUUAACGGCGCAGGAGAAAAUCGAUGAAGAAGUUUUUAAACAAGCUUUUAUUCCGAAAAGGUUGAAUGAGGUUUACGACGUUGAACGAGAUAUUUUUGAGAAGAAAGCUGAUACUGAUGAGUUGAUUUAUAAGACAAUUACGGGCCUUGACACUGCUGCGAAUGCAUCUGAAGAAAAAGAUAAACCUGAAGACGAAUCCUCAUCAAAUGAAGACGACAGCGACUCCGAAAACAGUGAAAAUGAAGAAAACGGAUCCUUCGUGAACAGUAGUCGCAACAAAAACGAAACCCCGGAAGAGAAAAAGGCCCGCAAAAAAGCCAUCAAAGAUGCUGCUGCCGAAAAACGCAAAACAAAAGUGAAGAAACACAUCAAGAAACGCAAAGAAAAACAAUACAGUAAAAAUAAGAAAUAAUUUUAUUUGUACAAAAGUCAUGAAAGUGAAUUAAAAAAAGUGAAAUA